CGACCCGUGGUUCACUUCGAGAAGAAUUAAGCGACAUUCGCGAUCAGCGGAGGGUUGUCGUAGGUCAUCCGCGCGGAUCACGGGGAAGGGAACUCGCGAGGUCGCCGCGAGCACCCCGGCGUGAGCGAUGGUCAGCGAAAACACGCCUCCCGAUGAGGGCCAGAAGAAAGACGAAUCGGUGAAGCCCGCGGACGGCGCGAAGAAGAAGGACGAGAAGAAGGUGGUCGAACUUUCGGAAGAGGACUUGCAAAUAAAGGAAAACCUCGAGCUUCUGGUGGAGAGGACCGCGGACAAGAAGGCUGGCGUCGCGAAGCUAGCGAUGGAGACGAUGAGGAGCGAGAUCAAGUCCGCGACGAGCUCGAUGACGAGCGUCCCGAAGCCGCUCAAGUUCCUUCGCCCGCACCUUGCCAAGCUCAAGGAAACCUUCGCGAGUCUGAAGGAGGGCGACAACAAGAAGCUGCUCGCAGACAUCAUCUCUCUGCUGACGAUGACCGACGCCCCCGUCGAGGACGUCAUGCCCGAAUCCCUCAAGUAUCGUCUCGUCGGAUCCGGCGAGGACAUCGGAACAUGGGGUCACGAGUACGUCCGCAACUUGGCUGCCGAGGUUGGAACCGAGUACCACCGUCGAUCAGACUUAGCUGCGAAGGAUGGCAAAGACGCGGAAGUCGAGGAUCUAAUGUCGCUCGUGCGCGACAUCGUGCCGUUUCACAUGAAGCAUAACGCGGAACCGGAAGCUGUGGACCUCCUGAUCGAGGUCGAGAAUCUCAGUCUCCUCCCCGAGCACGUCAAUGAAACCAACUACGGCAGGACCUGCUUAUACCUGUUCAGCUGUUCGAACUACCUACCCGAGCCCGAAGACUCGGAAGUGCUCAAGGUCGCGCACGAAGUCUUCAUGAAGGUGGGCAAGUUCACCGACGCGAUGCGCGUCGCGAUGAAGCUCGGACUCCAGGAGACGAUGGAGCAGACUUUCGUUGCGACGACGGACAAACAGGAAAAGCGGCAGCUCUGCCACAUGCUCGCGAGGCACGGACACCCACUCAGGCUCGACGAGGGCCCAUGUGAGAUCACCGACGAAGACGAGCUCGAGGAGCUUCAGAACAUCAUGAGCAACUCGAACCUCAGCGGGAACUAUUUGACGCUCGCGCGAGACCUCGACGUCAUGGAAGCGAAGACGCCCGAAGACAUUUACAAGACGCACCUGAUGGAAGGCCGCGCUCCAGCCGGGGCUGCCGUAGAUAGCGCCCGCGCGAACUUGGCCGCCACUUUCGUGAACGCGUUCGUGAACGCGGGGUUCGGACAAGACAAGCUGCUCACCGUUCCGGAGGGGGACGGCGCCGCCGCAGAGGGCGAGGGUGCGGCCGCGGGUGCUGGUUCCAACGUGAGCUGGAUCUUCAAGAACAAAGAUCAUGGCAAGAUGUCUGCCGCUGCGAGUCUCGGAUCCAUCUUGAUGUGGGACGUGGAGGACGGUCUUCCCCGCGUGGACAACUACUUGUACAGCAUGGAGCACCAGGUUGUCGCGGGCGGUCUCCUCGCGGUUGGCUUGAUCAACGUCAAUGUGCGCAACGACUGCGAUCCCGCGUACGGUCUGCUCUACGAGAGCGUCAACAAAGAGAACGCGUCCGUCCGUAUUGGUGCGAUCAUGGGUCUUGGGUUGGCGUACGCGGGAUGCCAGAAGGAAGAGGUGCAAGAGCUGCUCGUUCCUAUCAUCACGGACGACUCCACCCCGCUCGACGUCGCGGCUUUCGCCGCGCUGUCUCUUGGGUUGGUGUUCGUCGGCACGUGCCACGAAGAGUGCGUGCAAGCGAUUGUGCAGGCGCUGAUGCUUCGACCGGAGAAGGAUCUCGAAGAUCCUUUCGCGCACUUCCUCUGCCUCGGCCUCGGCCUCCUCUUCCUUCAGCGACAAGCCGAAGUCGAGGCGACGCUCGAAGUCGCGAAGACGCUGUGCCCGCGCAUCAGCGAGUUCCUCCAGGUGACCCUCGAGGUGUGCGCGUACACAGGCAGCGGUAACGUUCUCAAAGUGCAAGCGAUGCUCGCGCGCUGCGGAGAACACCCUGAUAUUGAAGCAGAUGAGACAACGAACGAAGGCGGGGAAGGUGGUGACGGUGAGGGAGAGGCUCGGGAGUGGCUCGCGGAUCCUCAGUCCAUCGCCGCUUUGGGAGUGGCGCUGAUCGCGUCGGGGGAGGAACUCGGCUGCGACAUGGCCGUGCGGGCAUACGACCACUUGAUCCAGUACGGCGACGCAGCCGUCCGCAAAGCCGCGCCGGUGGGAUUAGCGCUUCUACACAUCUCAAACCCUACGCUGAACGUGACUGAUGUCCUCGGACGCCUCAGCCACGACAGCAACGAGGAAGUCGCGCAAGCUGCUACCUUCGCUCUCGGGAUCGUGGGCGCCGGUACGAACAACGCGCGGCUCGCGACUCAACUCCGUCAGCUGUCGAGCUACUACUACAAGGAUCCGUCCCUGAUCUUCCUCGUGCGCGUGGCUCAGGGUCUCGUGCAUCUCGGAAAAGGUCUGCUCACGCUUUCGCCUUCGCACUCGGACCGUUCGCUGCACUCGAACGUCGCUUGGGCAGGACUGAUGACUGUCGCUUUCUCCAUGCUCGACAUGAAGCACACGAUUCUUGGCAAGCACCAUUACAUGCUCUAUUACCUGUUCGUAGCCGCCCAGCCUCGCAUGCUCAUGACCGUGGAUGAAGAGGGCAAGCCGCUUCCAAUUUCUGUGCGUGUUGGUCAGGCAGUGGAUGUCGUCGGACAAGCGGGGAAACCAAAGACCAUCACGGGUUUCCAGACCCACACCACGCCGGUGUUGCUCUCCACGGGCGACAGAGCUGAGCUCGCUACUGGGAAGUUCAUCCCGCUCACGCCGGUCCUUGAGGGUGUCGUGAUUUUGAAACCCAAUCCGGACUGGAUUGAGGAGGACGAGGCGCCUUAGAGAGUUGUGUUGGGGUAGAAAAUGAAUGAAAAACCGUUUCAACGAU